AUGGCAUACGCGUUGGAAAUUGUUUGGCUUUUGAUAAGAAGAAUUUCAAUAUAACUUUGUUAGAUGACAGAGGUUGCCCAAAGAAUCCUUCGAUAAUUACACAAUUUGUAGCGAGUGCCGAUGGUCAUUCUGCCGAUGCAACUAUUAAGUCAAUGUUCAAGUUCCCGGAAGGUUCUGAGUUGCAAAUACAAUGUGAUGUUAUUCAAUGUUAUGGUCGCUGUUUGGAAGAGGAUUGUAAUGAAGUUGCAAUAGCAGGUGCUGGUUUCACAAAAGGAGGUGGUCGUAAAGUAGGUCCGAAUGAAGAAGGUACAAGUGUAGCCGGUACAACAGUAUAUGUACUUGAACCAGCUGAAGCCUCAUUAAUUUCUGGUACUUGUGAGGAAGGUGGUGUACGUCCAACCUGGUUACUUUGGUUGGCGAUUACAUUAGGAGUGCUUUUCCUAAUUAUGUUACUUAUGAAUAUAUUCCUUUGCACAGCAAUGAGUUGCAGUUGUGCGAAUACAGAGAUCAUUGAGAAAGAGCCUUCAAUAAUCGAAGAAUAUGAUCCAUAUAGAAGUUGGCAUGGUAGUCAAUAUGGUUCACGUUAUUCGCUACAUGGUCGCGAUGCGCAUAAAGGUUACACCAGUGGCGGUUCAACAAUACACUCAAAUAGGUCUGUACCCAUUGAUAAUGAUCAUUAUGCAAUUGUGCAUUCACGACCCGGUUCUAGACAUUCCGGUGUGCAAGGACAACGCCCCCGUGGACCACCCAGUAACAUGUAAAGCUAACAUUUACGUUUUAGUUAAGUUAUAAAUUUUGUAUAUAAAAAAAAGAUUCAACUGUUGUGUGUGCGUCUCAAAUGAAUUGUUUAAAAUGC